AUGCCGAUGAUCAUCGUGUCCGGCUUUCCAACGUCGGGCAAGUCGACCCGCGCAAGGCAGCUCUACCAGUACCUCGAGGAGCGCAUCGCCGCCGCAACAACCACGGGCACCACCCCAAAGUACCGCCUCCACCUCAUCUCCGACCAGUCUCUCUCCAUCCACAGAUCCGUCUACGACCUAUCCUCCGUGCCGGCGCACGUCCGCUCCGCCAAUGCCUCUGAGAAGGAUGCGCGGGCCACCAUCUACGGCGCCGUCAAGCGCGUCCUGAGCGACAAGGACAUUGUCAUUCUCGACGGGCUGAACUACAUCAAAGGCUGGCGCUACCAGCUCCACUGCGAGGCCAAGGCCAUGCGGACCCCAAGCUGCAUCCUCCAGAUCGGCUGCUCCAAGGACAAGUCCAAGGAGGUCAACGAUGCCAGGUUGAGGAGGCAGGCCGAACAGCUCUCUGCCGCCGGAACGGACCUCGCUGCCGCCGCCGAUGAUGGUGGUGGUGGUGCUGCGACUGACCCUGAAGCGCCUUAUGAGCCGGCCAACUGGGAAAAUCUGGUGUUCCGCUACGAGGAGCCGAACCCCAUGACCCGCUGGGAUAGUCCCCUCUUCCCCGUGAUCUGGGAGGACGAUGCCGACCAGGCCCGGAAGGUCUUUGAGCAGUUAUGGGACGCGAUCGCGGGCGAGGGCCGCAAAAUCAUCAAGCCCAACCAGGCCACCGAGCAGAGAAGCCGCGACGCCGGCGGCGACUACCUCUACACGCUCGAUCGCGAGACGCAGGAUGUAGUCAAGCGGAUCCUCGACCAGCAGUCGGACGAAGGCGGUGAUGAGAUCAGCAUCUCGCGCGGCGACAGCGGCGCGGAGGCCUUGGUCGUUGAGCUCCCCGCCGGCAAGAAAGUCGGCCUCCCGCAGUUGCAGCGCCUGCGAAGGGCAUACUUGGCGCUCAACAGGGGCGGAAUCGGACUCGAGAGCGUCAAGAACAUGGGCCCGCCACAGAUACGCGAAAGCUUUGUCGGCUACCUCAAUGACGCGUUUGAGAAGGAUUCUUGA